AUGGAAACUUGUAUGAUUUCAAACAAAGUUUCUUCAUUUUCUUAUUAUCAUACAAGAACAAUUUCUGCAAGAAUCAACUUGCAGAAGAUUCAGGUAACAAAACUCUCUAUUCCAAAGCUUCCUAAUAGAACUUUAGUAGCAGAAUUGAAUAAUCUAAAUGAUUAUACUUUAAAGAACAAUUCAAUAGUACCUAGUCAAAAUUCUAAGGAAGUUGUUAAGCUUCAUUUGAUUAUGGAGAUGAUAUCAGAUAGAAUAGAGAUGCAUAAGAAUAUCGGAAUCCAACGCGAUAGUUGGAAUAAACUUUUACUAUCAUCUAUUAAUAUGAUGACUCUUUCUGCUUCAACAAUGAUUGGUCUUGCAGCCGUUGCUUCGGCCGGAGCCGAAGCAUCUUUUAUAGCAUUGAAAGUUUCUUCAACAAUUCUUUACAUGGCUUCAACUGGUUUACUUUUGUUCAUGAACAAAGUUCAGCCAUCACAGCUUGCAGAAGAACAAAGAAAUGCUGUUAGAUUCUUUAAGCAACUUCAAGAAGAAUUUCGAACAAAGAUUGCUCUUGAGAAUUUUGAUGAAAAUGAUGUCAAUGAAGCUAUGGAGAAAGUUUUGGCAUUAGAUAAAGCUUAUCCUCUUCCUUUAUUAGGCUCAAUGAUUGAGAAAUUUCCGGAAAAUGUGAAACCGGCAAAGUGGUGGCCGGAAAUGAAGAAACGAAACCGAAAACAUCAGAAAGAAAAUGAUGGAAAAAGUAAUGGAUGGAAUCUAAGGUUAGAAGAGGAAAUGAAAAAGAUUGUGAUGGUUAUGAGGAACAAAGAUAUGAAAAAUAAUUUGAAGUUAAGUGAAAAAGUUUUGAAGUUGAACAAAAUAUUAGCAUUUUGUGGUCCUUUAUUAACUGGUUUUGCAGCAUUUGGUUCUGUUUUUUUAGGUUCUGUUAAUGCAUCAUGGCCUAUGAUGUUUGGAAUUAUAUUUGGAGCUUUGGCAAGUGUUGUUAAUACAAUAGAACAUGGUGGACAAGUUGGAAUGGUUUUUGAGUUUUAUAGAACAGCUACUGGUUUUUUUCAGCUUAUGGAAGAUACUAUUGAGUUAAAUAUGAAUGAAGAAGAUUAUCUUAAAAGAGAAAAUGGUGAGUUGUUUGAAAUCAAAGUUGCUUUGAAACUAGGUAGGAGGGUCUCAGAACUUAGACAAUUUUCAUUUGAGGAUGAUGAUGAUGAUAAUGUUUGUGAAGAGUUUGCCAGUAAACUUUUCUAG